GACCCAGGUGGAAUGUGAUUAUGAAUACACAGAGCCACAGACACUUGAGGUGCUGCGUCAUAUUCACGUGAUAGUACUGAAGUGAACAACACAGAUAUAUAGAACCGGCGGUAGAGUCGGCAGUGUAUAGGGGAUCAAGUAUGGUGAGCAAAACUUCCUCAGUUGACCUGGUGCUUGAAGCAUUAGGAGGUAGAGGACGGUACCAGAAAUUUCAGUACUUUGCGAGCAAUUUGUCAGUGUUAUCAGCGUCGUUCCAGCUCCUCAGCAUUGUAUUUGUGGGUAGACAUGUUGCCCAUACCUGUAAACAGCCGGUGAAUAUAUCCGAUAUCUACCGGGUCAUUGACAAUGACCUCUUUCAGGCCAACAACAGUAUCGUGUACUUUGAGAAAUGUAACAUACGGGUGGAAGCUAAUAUUUCUGGCAAUGUCUCCACCUCCGAUUUGUCCUGUAUCUAUGGAUACGAGUAUGAGGAAGGGAAAGAGACUUCAUUGAUGUCUGACAUGGACAUAGUAUGUGACAGAUCACAUUUGAGGGGAUUUGCACAGACGCUGCUCAUCAUAGGCCAGGGUAUCGGAGCUUUCAUCCUCCCCGCCCUCUCGGACCGUUAUGGACGCCGCCCUGUUCAACUCGCCGCUCACCUUUGUGUUCUUGCAUUAGGCGUGGGCGUCGCCUUCGCCCCUGACUACACUGCAUUUCUUGUCAUACGAGUGUUCUUGGGAAUUGUGCAACAGGGAAUUGUUCUGACAAGCAUAACAAUAAACAUUGAGCUCUUCCACUCUCGUCACCGAAAGCUAUGUGGACUCUUUGACAGCUUUCUGUGGGCAACUUGCAACUCUUUAAUCGCUCUGAUCGCCUACUUGAUGCAGACCUACUCCUGGAGAACUACACAGCUUGUCUACUGUUCAGUGUCCUUAUUGGUCUUUGUCCAGUACUUCAUUCUGGACGAAUCUCUGUCUUGGUUGAUCACCAACAACAAGACCAAGCAGGUCACCAAGAAUCUCAAAAAAGCAGCUCGCAUCAGCGGUAAAGACUAUCAAACUGUUUUGAAUGUUUACAAGGACCUACAGAAACAAAAGGAAUCUGAGCAGAGCCUCAUUGAAUCUUUGCUGGAAAGCAGAGACCAGGGUGUCAGUGGGAAAAAGGCCGGUCAGAAAGAGAAGGAUAAAACCAAACCAUCCUUCCUAGACCUGAUGAAAAGAAAACGACUGGCCGCGAGUGUGUUUGUAUUGUGGUUUACAUGGAUAACAGACAGUUUAACAGUGUUUGGUCUCCUCAUGACGUCAGAUUCCCUCGCCGGUGGAGCUCACCUCAAUUUCGUGCUCUUCUCUCUCCUUGAGGCCCCGGCAGUUCUUGUGUUAUACUUCAUGGUGGACAGAUAUGGUCGUAAGAAAACAAUGAUGACUCUACAUGGCAUCGCUGGCAUUGCUCUGCUUGUGGCCACAGUCUGCAAAUCUGAAGGCGGAGGCAGCACAUGGUCUGCGAUUGCUGUCCAAGUGUUCUCCUGUAUCGGGAUGUUCGGGGCGUCGGGAGCAUGGGCAACGUCUUGCUUUUUCACACCAGAAAUGUUUCCAACAAAUUUGAGAAAUUUUGGACUUGGGACUUCUUCUGCCUUUGCUCGACUUGGGGGAAUGUUGGCUCCAUUCGCGAGUCUCCUUGCUGAGCAUGUUGAGUGGGCCCCUGGAACCAUCUUCAGUGUGUGCUGUCUACUGGUUACCGUCCUAGUGAACGUCCUGCCGGAAUCGAUGGGGAAACCACUCCCACAAACCCUGGACGACGUGGAAGCAUGGCAUAAGAAGACGGACACAAAGACAGCAGAUGAGAGAGACAUUCUUCCGUAUUCGAGCAACAAGAAACAAAAUGCACAUGUUUAUACAAAUAGAUCAGCAGUCCACGUGGUGUUCAUGUGGAAGCUUAGUCCUUGCCUAAAUGUCCUAUCCGCAAAUUUCACAUACAAUGUCAUCUGGACGUCGAGAAUGGCAGACAAGAGCCUGAAAGUUGACCCAGUACUUGUAGCAUUAGGAGGCAGAGGACGCUAUCAGAUUAUUCAAUACUUCUUGUGUCUUUUUUCGAACUUCUCAGCGGCGUUCCAGCUCUACAACAUUGUUUUUGUUGGCAGAAAUGUGCCCCAUACCUGCAAGCAGCCGGUGAAUAUAUCUGAUCUCUACCAGGUCAUCGGCAAUGACUUUCAGGUCAACAAUAGUUUUGUCUUCUUUGAGAAAUGUAAAAUACGGGUUGAAGCCAAUAUAUCUGGUCAUGUUUCCACCUCGGAAGUGUCCUGUAUCUAUGGCUACGAAUACGAGGCAGGGAAAGAUACUUCGUUGAUGUCUGAUAUGGACAUCGUGUGUGACAGGGCACAUUUACGUGGAUUUGCCCAGACGCUGCUCAUCAUAGGCCAGGGUAUUGGUGCCUUUGUCCUCCCAGUCUUUUCUGACCGCUAUGGACGUCGCCCAGUCUUCCUCAUCUCACACUUCUGUUUCCUUGCAAUAGGCGUGAGUGUGGCCUUUUCCCCAAACUACACUGCAUUCCUUGCAAUACGACUGUUUUUGGGCAUCGUGCAACAGGGCCUCGUCAUGACCAAACAUACCAUUGGCGUUGAGAUGUUCCCCACACGUCAUCGAAAACUCAGCGGACUAUUGAACAGCUUCGUAUGGUCGACUUGCACCGCCUUAAUCGCUCUGAUCGCCUACCUGAUGCAGACCUACUCCUGGAGAACUACACAGCUUGUCUACUCGUCAGUCUCUUUAUACGCCAUCGUUCAAUUCUUUUUUCUUGACGAAUCUCUCUCUUGGUUGAUUACUAACAAAAAGACCAAGCAGAUCGCAAAGAAUCUUAAGAAAGCAGCACGUAUCAGCGGCAAGGACUACGAAACCGUCAUGAAUGUUUACAAGAACCUACAACAGCAACAGGGAUCCUUACUUGAAGGAGAAGACACUGAAGGUCGUUUGAAGAAGUCUGCCUCAAAAGAGAAGGAUAAAACCAAACUAUCCUUUCUGGACCUAAUGAAAAGAAAACGACUGGCAGCAAAUGUACUUGUACUGUGGUUCACUUGGAUAACCGACAGUAUGACAGUGUUUGGCCUUAUCUUUACCUCACAUCAACUGGCUGGUAACCACUAUAUCAAUUUCGUUCUCUUUGCUUUGGUGAAAUUUCCGCCCAUUUUCGUCUUUUACGGCAUGGUCGACAGGUACGGACGUAAGAAAACCAGCAUCCUUCUUCACGGCAUUGGCGGUAUUUCCCUCUUAUUGGCCACAGUCUGCAAAUCCACAGGCAAGGAAAGUGAGUGGUCCCCAAUAGCUGUAACUGUGCUUUCUUGUCUUGGGAUGUUCGGAGCUUCAGGCGCCUGGACUACUAUGUUCUUCUUCACGCCGGAAUUAUUCCCAACAAAUCUGAGAAACAAGGGCCUCGGAACUUCUUCAGCUUUUUCAAGACUUGGAGGCAUGUUGGCACCGUUCGCAAGUCUUCUAGCUGAGCACGUUGAGUGGGCACCUGGAACCAUCUUCGGUGUGUGCUGUCUACUGGUUACCGUCCUCGUGAACAUCCUGCCAGAGACGAUGGGGAAAGAACUCCCUCAAACCCUGGAUGACGUGGAAGCGUGGCACAAGAAGACUGACGCCAAUACAACCAAUGAGAUGAACAUUCUUCCCAAGCACGUUGAUACUUAGUCAGCGUUUGUUGUUUGUCAAUUUUCUCCAGCAGAACUUAAAACGUUUGGAUACAUGAUUUGUGUAGGUAUACAAUAAUCACAAGGACAAGUACAUAAUAUAUGCUAUGCGACUAAUUAUGUGAAAAAUAUGGUUUUAGAAACGUGUCAGUUUCACACCUCUUUAACCUAUUUAGCACUUCAAGACACAUUCAUUCAGCCUCAUUACAAUCAGAUAUUUUACUCCGAUACGAAACUACAUGUAUCUCUGUAUCAGGAUCCGAGGACACCUCCCUUGCACGUCACAUCAGGCGGAACCUGAGCAACCCAUGACUUUGAUCUAAUGCUGCGAGUAUUAUGAGGCAGUCAGCUGUCAGUAUUCAAAAAUGAUUCGGCUCCAUUGUUUACCCAAUAUCCACAACAAUAUAUUACCGCCGCUACACUUUCUACCAUCGAAACUUGUCGUUUCUUUCGUUUCAGAAAUACGAAAUUUGAAUCAUUCGCUCAAUCAUACUGAAAAUUUACAGGCCUCGACCAUGAUUGGCGGAUUAGACAGUUCACCUUGUAUUAGAAAACGAUUUAAUUUUAAUCAGAUUGUACUCCAUUUUGCCUUUUGUUCAUAUUGCCCAUCACCUUAAGCUCAUGGUACAUUAUUAAAGUCGAUUCCUCAAGCAGAUGUUGAGAAUGACAGGUGAUACUGUGAGCUUAGAAUGAAAGGUAAAAUAUAAAGAAGUAAGGCUCACUUUAUUCAGAUUAACAGCCUGACGUGACAAUGUUGUAUGUAGUAGUUUACUUUGUAUUGAAGGAGAAAUAAAUGAAAUGAAACAA